AUGGAAGGACAACCCCAGAACAAAGACAACCCAAUAGUAUUAGUAUCUGGGUUUAGUGGUUGGGGAAGGCCUCUUUUCGGAACCAUCAACUACUGGGGAGGAUUUCAGAAUCUGCCGGAAUUAUUAGCUCGAGCUGGGUAUAAAAUUAUAGUCGUCAGAAUCGGGCCCGUAUCGAGUAAUCGGGAGCGCGCGUGCGAAAUCUGGACGCAGCUUACAAACAUCAACAACGGGACUGACAAGGGUUAUGGCCUGUCUACUGAUAUUCCUACACCAAUCAGCAUCCAGUAUGGUAACCGGCAUCCCGUUGAGCCUUUUGGAUAUCUACGAGAGCCGCAGACUUGGCGGCCUGUACUCUUUGGCGAUGUCCCAGAGACCUGGGACUGGAGAUGGGGCAAAGGGAAGCCAGUCCAUUUCAUUUGUCAUUCACAAGGAGGGAAUAGUCUCGAUCAUUGGGGAUUUUGCAGGCAACAAAAUGAGUCGUUGAACGACAUGCACACUCGCCUUGCCCGUAUUGUUCCGCUUUGGUGGAACUCUAACGCCCACGGACUUCAUGAUAAUAGCAUCCGGGGUGUAGAUAGCCCCACAGAUCUUGCUCCACACCCUUCACAACAGAUCUACUACUUUACGAUGUCAUUCUGCGCAACGGACCCAUUCCCCCGUCGUACACUCUCGCAGCAGGACGUUGAUGAAUUCCUCGCUCUCUUUCCACUCAAUAAGCUCUUCAACCCAUUUGGUUUGUGGGGCAUAGCCUUGCCACCCAUUUUCCAGAUUCUCUCACAACUCCCCUUCCUGCCGCAACUCAAGGACUUCGCGCUCUGGUUCACAGACUCGCCAAUAGACACCUCGGAAGUAUGA